GGAAAAAGUGAGAUUUUUCCUUCAGAUUAGCCAUUUUUUCCUUCGGAAAAGCAGGCGUUUGAAGAGAAAAAGACAUCGGUUCACCGUUCAGUCUACUUUUCGUCGGUCGAACCGAUUGACUUUUUUUCCCUGAGUACUCGGCAGAGUGGUGAGGAACUUGGUCAGUUGGAGUGAGACAGCUAAUCUGUGAGGAGAGUAGCUCUACACGGAAGCAGCAAGAAAAGAAAAAGAAAAUAAAGUGGUUCAGUAAAGCGUUGGAGCAAAUUUUAUCGAUUGAAUAUUUCUGUCUGCUACGGAAAACCAGCCUGCUGUGUGUUCGGCAGGAGAAAGAUAACGUGGAACGGCUCGUGGUCAAAUAAAAUUAGAAAUGUGGUGAACAGAGAGGGGUUUUGAGGGGGUUCCGAUACCGAUAUCGAGAGUGUUCUUGAAGAAAAGUUCUUUUUGUCUCAAUCCGAACAUUGUUCCUGCGUUUCCAUCGAAUAGAGUGCUGAAUUGGAAAACUUGUAAGCGAUUAUUCGACGAAAAAGCCAUAAAUCGUGUUGAAAGAGUGUGGAAAAUGAUCUCAUUUAGCGCUUCGCUGAACGCCUGCUGUGGUGUCUGAUCGAGGGACGGCGCGGGAGAAAAUCGAUAAGCUCGGAUUAUAUCGACUUGGUGUCAAGCCAGACAGGAAGGGUCGACAUUCUAAAAAAGAAAAAAAAAAUUAAAAAAUACCUCACGUAAUACCUACAAAGCAAAAGCAAAUAGCAAAGACGGAUUGCGUCCACUAAUCCACAUUGAAGUACAACCAGUCUCCUCCUUUCGCGAACGCAACGAACCGAGGAGCCGAACCGGCCGACGAAAAGUUUUUUUUCCUAUUGUUUGACGUCUCACUCUACGACAUCAUCUGUCAUCGCUCGCACACUUUCACUCUCUCUAACUCUGAGGUGUGCAGUGCAGUUUCAAUUUCUUCUUCGGUGUGUGACCUGUUUGUUCAAGAAAACUAGCCUUCAUGAUCGGAUCAUUUUGGAAUCUGUGUAGAGCGUGCCCAUCAAUGCCUGUAGAUAAGCUCCACUCGGAAUACAGAAGCACCUAUCGAUGGCACGAGUACACCGGAGGUCCCGAGGUCGUCCGCAAGCCACCUGUGCCAAAUCAGUUCGCCAGCUCGAAGGUGGAUCAUUUUUUCUCCAAAUCAACGGAGGAUGAUAAGUUUAUCGAAGCUUCGAUCAACGAACCGCCUCUGCCGAGAAGGAAAAAAUGCCCGGAGCUGGCCUACCGGUCACAUGAGUUCAUGUCGAACCGGGGCAACGAGGCCCCGCUGUCGGCCCAGCAAGGAGGCCACGAUAGGCCCGAUGCCGCUACGACUCACUCACGUGCUAGGUCUGAAGAGCGUGGAACCCCUUCCCGUCGCAGUAAAUCGGAAGGACCGCCAGGUGUCGCUAACGGACGGCUUCCGACCGGAACCGGAAUCGCUAACGGAACGCACGAGCCGGUCUCGGUCGAGAGCAAGGCGCAGGAACAGGCGGGUGAGUCUAGUGGCCUAUUCAGAAAAACUAUUAGCAAAUUGAGCACAGAGUAUCGACUGCAGUUCGUGUGGCCCCACGUGCGCAGAGCGCUCAAGGUGGUCCCGGAUGGUGUGGAUUCGGUAAUCGAGCCACCGCGAAAGUCCCUCUCGAUGGGUGCAAUCAAGGCGGCCCAGGCGGCCGCCACCGCCGCCAACCAGACAGUGCCCACCGUGCAUAAAAAACGAACCACGAACGAGCGAGAAGCCAACGCUCACGAACUGGAACCGCUGGUGAACGACGUCGAGGCCGAUAAGCCGCAGCACGAAAAACGCGACAUGGCCACCGUCGUGGAGCAUAAGUUGAAAGCUUACAAGACGGAAAAGGAACGGUACGGUUUCGAACCGGAACUGGACGGUGGCAUCGGUGUACGGGGCGAUGCGGCACAGGACAGCGCCUGGUACAAGGAAGUGCUGGAGCUGAGAAAAAAAGCAGGAGAGUACAGGAACCGUGGAUGGGGCGUGGAAAUGAACCCGGAGUUGUUUACCAAGCAGCAGGAGCUGUGGGACCAGGUGUCCAGAAGAAGCUCCCUGAGUGCCCUUUCGCUUGCCUCCAGCGUGAGACCAAUCACCAAGGAGGAAAAGGAGAAGGAAAACAACAAGAAAAGUUCUCCAACGAAACCGCAUGCCCGUGGCCGAAUUCCCGGCAGUGCCCGUCCGGUCGAAAUCAACCGAACCCUGCCGGAUGGAUUGGCGUUCGCCCGUAGCCGUAAGGACAACAUCCGGCACCAUUUGGAGCGUACCACGGGACCGGAUAUGGAAGAAGGUGCCCUGUUACCGUCGCCCACUCGGGAGAAACUAAUGCCAGCCAUGCCACGAUCGAAGGGAGAUAGCCCUCAGCGGGGAAGUCCACAGAAAACGGCACUGUCGCGGCAUGGCAGUCCGCAGAAGGGAAGUCCGCAGAAAAGCAGUCCCAAGAAGAUGUCCAGCAAAGAUCUUUCCGUUUUAGGACGGUCCCAGUCGGUAGGACCCACCGUUGCAACUGACCAGAGCGUCGGCAGUGUCGGAGGAGGUUCCCCGAAGAGACAAAUUCGUUCCGGUAGCACUGCCACUGCCUCUACAGCUGCUUCGGCUGCCAAAGCGCACAGUAAGAAGACGCCUACCACUGCUACGACACCGUCUCAACCAGAACGCAGACCAAGACCAACAACCCUAUCCACCACCAUCAAUCAUUCCCGUUCCAAAUGUAGUACCGUGCCUCACGUUGCCUCCACGAGAGUGCAUUCCGCCCCUCCCAGUAGAUCCCUGCAGACCACCAACAAUAAUAACAACAACUAUAACAACAACACCACCACCACCACCAAUAAUAUCAACAACAGCAACAACAACAACAAUACCAACAACAAUCACCUUUCCGAUCAAACCCACCCACCGACAUCGGUUCCCACCAAGCCCGACCUGAGCAACAACAAUUCCAUUCCCAACAACCAAACCAUCGCAUCUUCCAUCAUGACAGCCUCCUCGCAUCCUUCACGCGCUAAGCUCACACUCGGUCCUAAGAUUGGCUCGCAGAAUCGGCCCAGAACGGCUAGUAAUGGCAAGACGGCGGCGGCCGUCGAUUCGUUGAAAAAAGAUCCGACGCGCAAAUUCGCAAACAACGCAAAAUCCGAAUUGGGAACCAAAGCUGCCGGAAAUGAGGAGGAUGCUGACAAGGACGGCGGAGUAUCGGCUGCUGGAGCCAGUCCAUUGCAGGCACCGGAAAUCACCGAGCAGAUCAUAAAGUCUCCCCCGGAGCCGACGCGGGUAAAAUCGCCGGAGCAGAUCAUUAUGCGCUCGCCGGAUCCGGUCAACUGGACCGUUCCGCUGGACACUGGGAAAACAUUCACCGUCACCCAGAAUGUGAGAGAAGGUGAGUCCGUGACAGCGCUCAACCUUUUGUGUCCAGGUGAUCCUAUGAUUCGACCACAUAGUGAAAUCAAAGCUUCUACCCCAGUGGAUCAUCAUCCACCACCAGCACCACAAUCAGCACCGCCAGAGCUUGCAGAACAAUCCAAAAUGCCUAAUAGUAAACUAGAUCCCAACUCUAUCAAGGAAUCCGAAGAUGAGGACGACGAUCAGUUGAAGUCCAAAUCGUCUGUCACAUCGUCGGUAAAUCCUGUAUCGGUAGCCCAACCGGUAGAUCCAAAGCCAACGGUUCAAAUCGGACCGGUAGAACCAGUGCCGGCACCAGUAGCACAAAAUGUUUCAGAACCACGGUUCGAUAAACCGGUUCCCGGUUCGACCCUUCGGUGUCUGGAUGAUCCAACGUUCGAGUCUGACAUCAACUCACCAGUCGGAAACCGAAAUGUGUCCUCCGAUGUGCUGGAUAAGGCACGGGACCGGUUCGAUCGUUUCUGGGGCAAUCCGGAGGGUGACAAAACCGACGAGUCCUAAGGCGGUAGAUACUAUAAGAGCUUCUUUUAACUGAUUAGGGUAUUUUUUCUGUACCUUUUGGCAUUAUAUGAUAGCCAAGAGAAAACCAGACAUCUAUGGUAAUGUUUCUGACGGUUUUCGGAUUUGCUUGCACGGGUUUCAUGCAGGAAAUCCGAACUAGUGGUUAUUUUCAGUGAUUGCUUUCAUGAUUUUAUAUCUAAUCUAUAUGAAAAAAAAAACAAACAAGCGACAGAACUAUUAACAAAUCACAGGCACUGUUUAUCACAUCGUCGUGACAGGGUAGACUUAGGAUGUUAAAUUAUACUAAAUAAACCAAUUCAUUGCAUAGUUUUUCGCCAACUGAGCGUGGUUCCGAGCACCGACGAGGGAACCGGGCAAUUUCAUAUAUAGCAGGAUUUCAUCUUUCAGUCUUGUUAUCUAAUAUUUAGAACAGAAUGGAACAAGGAUACGGCGUUGAGCUGUGUGAGGCAGGACAGCACGUGAAGGAGUAAGCUAAACAGUAGAAGGAAAAAAAUACACAACAGUUUCAACUAGGCCUCAUAAAAUCGCUAGUAAUUUUUGGCUUCUCGGGUUGACCCUAACUUGGUACAUUCAGGAGUGAAGGAAUUAUUGUUUUUUUUUUGUAAAACACUACAAAUCUAAUCUGAUAGUGCGCUCUCAGGGAAACAAUUGUUCUCGGUCGUGACGUUGACACCGGUUUGGUUAGUGCAGAGCAGAAUGAUUGUUGGAAGCACCGUUUGGUUUGACACGUUGUUGGAGACCCAACUGUAAUAGAGCUGAUUGUAACGUCAGAAUCGUCGACUUGGGAGAAAUGAACGUGGAAAUGGUUCCAAAAUGUGUACAGAAAUUAUACUGCACAUUUCACCCAACUACGCUACUGUUAUCUAUGCAUAAUUGUCCCAUAAUUGUUUCAAUUAUGCUAAGUGAGAAGUACAACAUAAGGAUAUCAACAUAUAAACAUUUACGAAUAAGAAUGUGUUUAUUUUGAGUGCAAGGAACUCAAGUUUUGAGUUAAACUCACUCAAAUUUUGAUAAAAAUAUUCUUUCCAUAUUUUGAGUAAAACAUACUUGAACUUUGAAAGUUUCGUCUCUUAACUCAAAAAUGAGUACAUAGGUAGUUUAGAGUACGUGCACUUUUUAUGAAUUCGAGUGUUGUGUCACUCAAUUUUGAGUUAGGUUGAAUGAGGCUGUUCGUAAAAACUUUUGCAGUAGUUGGCUUUGUUUGUUUGCGAGUAUCGUCAUCUCCAUUGUACACAUACAAAGGAAAAUACGAUACGUUUCUAUUCCGUACCGCUGACCUUUCGCCGAACGAAUCGUGUGAAGCGCGUUUAACUCACCGGCCAUAGAUUAUAGACAAUUUUUGAAGUUUUCAAAACAUCGUUGAAUGCAACGUUUUUAAAUAGUUUUACCGUAAUUUACUUGAACUGUUUUCCAAAUAAUGAUAUCUCUAAAUGUGGAAUUUAAAGCCUGUUGUCACAUGUUCGUGCCCCGGCCGGAGUGGGUUCUUAAGGCUAACAGGUUGGUAACACUAGCCUGACAAUAAAUCGGUUGUGAGGUUUGGCGAAACAGAAAUUGAUCAUUUUAUGCCAAGUGGAUGGUGACUUUCAUAUAAUCAGAUAUAGGACAUCACUUUUAAAGAAAAUAUAUUCCAUUUAAUCCCACUAUGGCACUAAUUGAAUUCCACUAAUUAUAUGCAAACACGGUUCUGCUAGUAUUUUAUGGAAAGCUGUUAAUCUACAAUCCGGGGGAAACAGGGUGCUCAUUUAAACUGUGACCUACAAUCUUAGAAAAAAUGAAAUUUACAUUUGACGUAAAUUCGAACAUGCCGUAACUACUACGGUGAUGGCACAUUAUUACAUCUAUUAACAUGUAAAAAUUAAUUUUGUGUCUGUAUCGAUGUAAGCUUCAGCUAAAUUAACUGUGAAGUUAAUGAUAUGACUUAUUUUCACAUGCUUUGAAUUGGGAAUGUAAGUGAACCGCGACGCUCCUUUUAUGUGCAUCUAUUAGGAUGUAAACUUUUCUAAGUUUGUAACUCAGACAAAUAAACACUCAAAUAAUUCGAAAUUUUCUCAUCUAAUCUCGUACAGUCCUCCUUAACUUUUUUGAUUGAGUUUUCUAUACUCAAUCAUCACGCAUAAUCCAUCCUAAACUGUUUUAAUCCCACACAAUCUCUUAUAAUCUUCUCUGAACCCAGCAAAUCUUGUUUGAGUUCAGAGUAAGUUGGGAGUUAUUUGACCCUUAUGAGUAUAUGUAUGAAUGAUUCUAUCCAAGAUCGAAUAAUAUAAAAAAAACGUAGCAAUUUUUUCAAGCCCACAAGCUUACAACCAGAGAUGUCGGGUAAAAACUUUCAAAUGCCUUCCAUCAGGGUAUAACCAAAGACAUCAUAUUAACAAGAUAUCCAGCUCUCACAUUUCCCGAACAAAUCAUUGGCAACAUCCUUUUUUGCGAGCAUGUCGCCCUCAGGUGAGUCCGCAUCGAAUCUCAUACUUAGAAGUAGGGGAGAGAAAUGUCAAAUUCGUGCGCGCCAAAAUAGCAGGGCUGCGCACCCAUACAACUGACAUGAUAUGUUGAAUGUGAUGCCGUGCGAUGGCGUUGUUGAACUGAAGAUUGAUUUCGGUCCAAGCUGACAGGGUCUGGUAUAACUCAAAAUAAUGUUAGCGGACCCAAGUUCUCUAUAAGGAAUGGAGCACAAAAUUGGUUUAGUGAGCAAAACAAAAAACAAAAAGGCCUCGACAAUUUUAACAACAUGCCAGCGGCUCAUUUUAGAAAUCUGUUGGUAAACCUGGCUUCUCUGUAGUGUUAACCAAGUAUCAUCAUUGCUUAGUUCUGUGCUUGCCAGCGCAGCAAUCGCAGAAAAUUUGAUUUUGUCGCAGUGCCCGCAUAAACUUGGCUGCAGACCGCUGCCUAACGGCUGCUAGCGGGCAGCCUUUAUGGUGUCCGGCUGCCGGAAGUACACCUCAAAUGGGACAACUGCAUCCACCAGGAUUUCGUCUCAUCGGUUCUGAAGGAGACAUGGCCACCAUCAGUUACUAGAACCGCAUGUAAAAAUGUGUGUUUUUCAACUUGUGUUUUCACUGAUGUUUUUGUUUAUGGUCGGGAAAAUGAUUUCGAAUCUAAAGAAAUGAUUCAUUUAUAGUCUAAUGUUUAAUUUAUUUGCUUAUUGAAUGAAUGUUACAUGGUAGAGAAACUUUGUAUAGUUUUGAGUGAUUAACAUAUCUCAUAAAAGUCUACAAAACUUUGGUACACUGAGAACUUCGCUGUAGGAGCAGAACCGGGCGAGAAAGUCGUCGCUUCAGUUUUUUCUUCAACAUUUUUCAUUGGACUUAUUCAAGUGUAGGUGUGUUGGAGUGGCUGCUGGGCAUUAUAGAAUGUAGGGAAUUUCAGCGGUAAAAUAUUGACAAUAAUACAUCCAAUUAACUAUGAAAUAUCAAAUCGCGAAACCGUUGUGCUGUUUGUUUCGCAGCUUUCUUCGGAUAUUCCGCGAUUCGCCGUAAGCUGUCAUGUAUACGAAAUGAGGUUAAGAUUGGAUCCUCAACAGUUUCAUAUUCAAUGUCACACAAAAUUCAUCGAUUGGAUGAGCAUUCUUAUUCAAUUUCUAGUUCACCAUUGAACAGUUUGAGUCGGUUAUGAAGUAGUAAGUAAGCAAACUGUUUAAUUUGUCUAAUCCGUAAUUUACAUGAAAAUAAGUGAAGUUUUCUAAAAUAAUCAUUCUGCCUGUCAGCUAUUCAUGGUUGUCACUUGUCAUCGAUGCAUUGAGAAACGUAGUUUUGGUAUUGAGCAGUUUUGUUUUGAACAAAACGAACUAAAUAUUACACGCGGAUGCAUCACAGAACGACCUUCAACGGAAAGUAACCAAGUCAUAAAAUGCACUCAUAGUUAGUGUGUUAAAAAUAUCAUUUAUCGCACUCACUGGUAAUUAGUGGUGACGUUACAAGUACCAACCGUCAACACCGGGACAAAACAAACACAAUGCACCCUGUUUGAGUACCCUCGUUCCGGACAAGUACACCAGGCAAUAACAGCUAAAGAAUUUGCUAUAAGCAAACGAUAACCCCCGAAGGAUAAAACGGUACAUGAGCCACACCCCGAGAAAUCCAUAAAAUAGCAAACAUUAUAACUGACACGCUCGGCUCUUUUAAUAACCACCAUGCGUUUCCAGUUAAAAGUGAAUUUUUAUGGAGGCACGUCAAACUCGAUUACAUACAUUGAAACCGGUCAUUAAAUCAACACGGACUUCUGUGAAUGAUAAUAUGCAUAGACGUAGAAAUAGCAGUCAUUUGAUUAUUAUUUCAAACCAGCCACCAAACGAGGCGUGGCGUUUGUAGGAAAGCUUAACUACUCACGUGUUUAGUAACAUUUACAGAGCAGCAAACUUCACCUAAAUUUACAUUUGAAGAAUCAGAAUGCAGCAGAAAACAGCUCAUAUACAAAAAUACCAAUAAAUAAACAAACAAAAUAAAAAAAAACAAACACAUCAUCCGUCUACAUUUUUAUCGUCGUCACCGUCGUCGCAGCAACCCGCGCUUUUUGCAAAUAAAGUUUAAUUCGAUAGACCACUUGGCAGAGUGACAAACAAAACAAAAUAGCAUUUCAGCGGUUCCAGUUAUCAGCGAUAUUAGUUUUAUACACCCCUCUCAUACCGAGAACAGCUUUUGGGAUCAAAACGCUCGCCAUACUUACACAUACAAACUGGUCACGGUGUUACGGCUUAGGUCUAAAAACAAAAUGGCCCGUCCAUUUUCGCAUAGAUCAUUCGUUCGCUUUACAGCCAGUUGUCAGACGGUAGAUUUUUUACGUUACGCCGAACGGCAAACAAAAAAUAAACAAAAGACCGGAAAAUCGCCCGGAAACUUUCGCACACCUGGAGCAGGAUGCUUGGAGUCCUUUAUUUGUGCUUGUCGCUUUUUAGACGAACAUUUUUCCAUCAAAACUAGAUAGACGCGUACCCCAGGUUCAAACGUAGAGGAAGAAUAUCUUCGGCCCGCCAUUUUGUGCAGUAUUUAGAAGCAGACGAUAGCGUGAUAGACAGGUAAACUCAAUGCAGCAAACAUAAACCGCGCCAGUUUAGAUUUUUGUAUACGAGAUCAUGCGAAACACACUGCAGGUUACAGCCAAUUCAUGUCAAUAUAGCAAACGAAAUGUGUUAACUGAAAACCUAAAGAAAGACAAAUUUCACUGGAACAACAAUAGCUAUCAUGAAUAAUUAAAAACAAAUUGUUUUAGUUUAGUUUUUUUUGAAAGGCCGAAUUCGUACGAAUAUUGAAAGUUGUGUGAAAUCUACAAGAGGCAGAAGAAAAUAUAACCAACGUCUCACUAGUUCAAUAAACUGAUUUCAGAUGACGCGGCAGAUGAAAAGAGUUUUGCGUCAGAUUGACAAUUGAUAGGCUACUAUCCGUCUAGCAAAAUUUCCCAAUUACGAGUGAUGGUUUUUCGCAAUUAUUUUUCUUUUUAAUUAAUCCCAGAACGAAAUCCAUUUUUAAUGCCACUGCAAACAUAGUCCAAACGUAAUAGCAGUGGUACCAGUCGUCUGAUGUUUGAAAAAUUCAUUGAUUUUUCACUUCUUUGCUCUGUUAAUUCAAAGAAUUGAGCUCAAGCUUGUUUGUUCCCUGUGCGGAAAAAGAAAUCAGUAAGUUGAACUCGGCCUUUCAAACUUUUCUCAUUAGAAUUUCAUUCAGACGAACAAUCAGAAAAUUUGAUAGUCCAAUGACAAAAGGGUCUAACUGCAAAUGACAGUUUCUCUUUGUUUACUUUUUUGUUUAUAUUUGAUACCUUACUCUUCGUAAGACUUUCAAAUUAAAAUCACAAGCUUUCGAUUUAUGUUGGAAACUUCCGAGAAAUUGCAGUAAUGGCUACGCAAUAAUCAAAAGAGAAAGUAAACAACGAGAGACUCUCAUUUGCAGUUAUGUCCUUCUGUCGUGGGACUAUCGCAUUGUUUUCAACAUUCGAUUCUAAUUUGGCGAAAUCAUUACAAUUCCAUCAACAACACAUUCAUUACAUCCCACUCAUUCGCGACAGCUCUGUACAUUCGCUGUCCGACACAUCAAGACACUGUCCGAUAGGCAUCCGUUAGAUAGGAAUUCCGAAUCACUUGACACUAACGUAAAUGAUAAGAGCAAACUCAUCAACCGUCAACCGCAGAGCAAUAGAAAUCAAUUGAAACUCAUAGACAAGCAUACAAAACACAUCCCGGAACCGAUCCAUUCGAUAAGGAAAGCUACAAUUUCACCGGCUCGGUCGGCAUUACUACGACGAAACGGAAUUGUUUGUUUUCAGAUUUCGAUUUGAUUUUUUCCCUAAUGUAAGCUGAAUCGAGCGGUAACACAGGACUAGAGACAAAGAAACACUCACACAGGAAUGUGGUGUGAAAAAAUAAAAAAAAAAAACAAAAAAAAACAAACAAACGAACAAUAUUUUAAACAAUUACUAAUGUAAUAAUGUAAUAAUUCACUAGAACUCAACACUUAACUUAAACGAAGAAGGAUCCCCACUGGAUGGAAGAGGCGGGGAUCGAAAAACAAAACUAUUUAAAGGCAAAAAAGUCGCAUUUACGUGUUACUUAAAACGAAGAUUAAAGCAAAACACACAAAAUUUAACCUGUUGUUCGUCACUAGUAUUAAUAUUGUAUUGCAAAACGAAACAAGUGAGUACAGGAAUAGGAUUGAAGUACUACAAUGGAAGGAUGGAAGGAUUAUUUCUCGCUUUGUGAUAUAUAAAGUAAAACGAUUGUUUUGUUAGGCUUAGCAAGUGAGCAAAUGAAAAGGGCAAGGACAUAAUUAGUUUACUCGAUACUGGAAGCGAUAGUUGGUUAACAAUUCGCUAUUGGGUUAGUUGAUAUUACAAGUGAAAAUGCAGAAUUGGGUGAAGUGCUAAAUUCGAUCAGUUGAAGCUCAGUACGGUUGGUUUUCGAAUAAUAUAAGAAAAUGCUUACAGGAUCCAUUUUGUCUAACUAAUAAGAUCUCAUAAG